AUGAACACGCAAACAGAGCCGUUGGACCUCUCGAUGAAAAGGAAGCCGGCGAAGCUUGGCGUCGUUGACUUAAGGUUCCUGGCCGGUCUCAAUGAACACUUGGUGAAAUUAUACGAGCAGACGUACGCGGACGGAAAGAGAGCCCUGGGGCUUCAACAGAGGAAUGGGAUCAAAAACAUCCUGCCGUGUCAAGUCUGCUUCAAAACCUUCGACCGCCCCUCAUUAUUGAAACGGCAUAUGAGGACUCACACAGGUGAGAAGCCACACAUUUGCAGCGUCUGCAGCAAGGGAUUUAGCACUUCCAGCUCUCUAAACACACAUCGCAGAAUACACACAGGAGAGAAACCUCACAAGUGUUCUGAGUGCGGCAAAUGUUUCACAGCCAGCUCUAACCUCUACUACCACAGAAUGACUCAUACUAAGAAUAAACCGCACAAAUGCGUCAUAUGUCCACGCUCGUUUCCCACGCCUGGAGAGCUACGAGCUCAUCACGCGUCCCACGGGAUGCCCAGAAGUGGUUUAUCAGGUUUAAAUGGGAUAAAACACCGACAGGGUUUAUGGCCCUUUAUGUCGCCACAGACUAUAAGAUCCCGCCAAUAA